AUGGCUUUUCUUUCGCUCUUACAGAUUAGGGACCCGUCGGUUUGGCAUUCUAUCAGCUAUCAAACUAUGCGUCAAUUGAAGCAGUUGAACACUACUGAUAUCUCGGCUCUGGCCUACAAUCAGAAGACUUAUUUAGCUUUGAGGAAGAGUGCUGCUUUGGCAGAGGCCUUAAGAGACACACAUGGGCUCUCCUGUCGAUCUCAGAUUUUCGAGUCCCUGGCCUAUAAUGCGGUAAAGCACGUUCGUGCUAUCAGUGAUGCCAGAACAGCGGUACAGGAGUUUUCUCAGCUGAUCCUAGCGAUUACCUCCAGCGGAGAGUCUUUGACCGGAGCAUGUGAGCCAAUCAUUGAAGGCUUCAAAGAGGCGUUGAACAGGGAUGCUGCUAAUGGAUCCUAUCUGUCUCUCGCCACUGCAUAUGUGAACUUGACUGCUGUCUCGUGUUGCAAGACCGAUACGAGCAUCGUUCGAUUGCUAUUGGAUCGAUGCUUUGCCGACCCCACUGUGCGUCCUGAUGACCUCCUACUGCAUGCUCGGCCUCUCACCAUCCUAGCUCUCUCUAAUGGUGCACGUAGAGAAGAGCUGAAGCAUCGUCUGGCGAGUGCCCUGGUAGCUCCAUCUGAUGAGACACUCUCUACGCCGUCGCUCUUACAAGAGUCUGUUGCCUGCCUGUUGCUCUUGGGUGAAGAUAUCCGGUCUGUUUGCGAGCGCCUAGCGCUGAAUAUUGAGAAUGUCGAGAGGACGGCUGCUGCUAUGCGAGCGCGGUUCGAAGUUUCUGCAUGA